CAUGGAGGUUAUCACAUAGAGAAGAAGGCCAAAUCUUUCACUGGUCUGGGAAUAUAAGGCAGGCAUCUCUGAAAGAGCAGCAGAGAGCAAAAAGGUGUCAUGUUAUUAAGUUAUGAAUAACUAUACUAUAAGUGCCAUGUCUGGAUAUGGCCACCCUGAAGAGUACAGAAUUUCAUCCCUGGUUUUCUACAGCUUUAUCUUCACUAUUGGCUUACUUGUCAACAUCACAGCACUUUGGGUCUUCAGCUGUUCUACCAAGAAAAGGACAACAAUAACUAUCUACAUGAUGAAUGUUGCACUGCUUGACUUACUCUUUAUAUGUACUUUGCCUUUUCGGAUGCAUUACUAUGUGACACGCACUUGGUUCUUUGGAGACAUCUUAUGCCAGGUUCUGAGCUCUUUCACGGUCUUCUACCCCAGCAUUGCCCUAUGGCUGCUUGCUUUUAUAAGCAUCGACAGAUACAUGGCUGUUGUUCAGCCCAAACAUGCCAAGAAACUCAAGAACACAACCAAAGCUCUGAUAGCUUGUGCAGGUCUCUGGAUAAUGACUCUCGUGACAACCUCUCCACUGUUGUUCUUAUCUUCUGAUCCAGAUAAAAUUACAAACUUUACCACCUGCAUUAAGAUGAUGGAUAUCAUCUAUCUAAAGGAAGUUAGUGUGUUAAAUUAUUCUCGGCUGGUAUUUUUUUUCUUAAUUCCCCUCUUCAUCAUGAUUGGCUGUUACCUAGUUGUCAUUUACAGUCUCAUACAUGGAAGAACUUCCAAGUUAAAGCCAAAAGCUAAAGAGAGAUCCAUCAGAAUUAUUGUGACACUGAUCAUCCAAGUGCUUGUAUGUUUUGUGCCUUUCCACAUUUGUUUUGCAUUUCUGAUGCUCCAAGAUGGACAUGUGAGCUACAAUCCGUGGGGCGCAUUUACUACAUUCCUUAUGAAUCUCAGCACAUGCCUGGAUGUCAUUCUGUACUACCUGGUUUCUAAACAAUUUCAGGCCCGGGUAAUCAGUGUCAUGCUUUAUCGCAAUUACCUUCGAAGCGUGCGGAGGAAAAGUAUGCGAUCUGGUAGCAUGAUGUCAUUAAGCAACAUCAACAGUGAGAUGAUAUAAAAAGAAUAAAACAAGGCAAUCUUACUUAAAUAAAGAAUGGCAAAGCUUAGAAUAAAUCAAAAGUAAUCACGGCAUUUUGGCAAAGAAACAAUUUUAUUAAUCCUAUCUCGAAACUGAUUUUCCCCAAUAAAGAGGCAAACUGCUCUUACAUGAAAUGAAUCGA